GUGCGCCCUGCUCUGGGGUUUGACUGCUAAGCAUGCUGGGUAAGGCUCAGCCAACUACUAGUAACCUGAACCUGGUGAAUGCUGAGGCCACUGAUACCAGAGCGGCUUCCGACAUCCACGACGGAAUUAAGAUGGCCGACCUUGUGGAAAGCCUGGAUGCCAGGGAGCUGGACUUCGAGGGGGGAGAGGAGCUUGAAUACGAUGGAAACAAUCUGGGUGACUGUCAAAUACCGUUUUCAGCGGUGUACGCCACGGUGGGCUUUAAGGAGGCCGAUGCAAGGGUCUACAUGCCCACUGUGCCCAUCACCGCCCGGAUCCUGGAGGUGGAGCGCUUCACGGCGGCACAGGAACGCUCCAAUUUGUCCCACCAUCGGAGUGUCAACAAGUCUCUGCCGGCUGUGUUUAGGAUUGAGAUGAAACAUGGCGAGUUUACGUGGGUCAUUAAGAGGAAGGAGAAACACUUCAUGGAGCUGCACAGAGAGCUGAGGACAUACAAAACCUUCCUUAGGAUACCACUGCCAUCACGCAACCACACCGUGAGGAGGAAGACCGUGAGGAAGAGCGAGGUGAGGGAGAUGCCCUCGUUGCCCAGGGGGGGAGGAGACGAGCUGGUGCGAGACGAGCAGGUCUCCAGCAGGAGAAGACAGUUAGAGGACUAUUUGAACAAGCUGCUGAGGAUGGCCAUGUACCGCAAAUACCACCAUACUAUGGAGUUCAUUGACGUCAGCCAGAUGUCUUUCAUUCAUGACUUGGGGCCCAAAGGACUAGAAGGGAUGAUCUACAAGCGUUCAGGAGGACAUCGUAUACCUGGACUGAACUGCUGCGGCCACGGUCAGGCUUGUUACCGCUGGUCCAAACGCUGGCUGGUGGUGAAGGAUUCCUUCCUGCUGUACAUGAAACACGACUCGGGAGCGAUCUCCUUUGUCCUGCUGGUGGAUAAAGAGUUCAGCAUCAGGAUGGACUCCAAAGACACAGAGACUAAACAUGGAGUCCGGAUUGAUAGUCUAUCCAGGACGCUCGUGUUUAAGUGCAGCAGCUACAGACACGCCCGCUGGUGGGGUCAGAGCAUCGAGAGCUUCGUGAGGAAUCAUGGGAAGGCUUUCCUCCGAGAUCACCGCUUUGGAUCGUUUGCACAAGAAGAAGAAAACAUCCCUGCCAAAUGGUAUGUGAACGGGAAGACGUACAUGGAGGACGUGGCCGAUGCUUUGGAAGAGGCCACAGAAGAAAUCUUUAUCACCGACUGGUGGCUGAGUCCAGAAAUCUUUCUGAAGAGACCUGUGGUCGAGGGCAACAGGUGGAGGCUAGACUGCAUCCUCAGACGCAAAGCACAACAAGGCGUGCGGAUCUUUGUGAUGCUGUACAAGGAAGUGGAGCUCGCCCUGGGCAUCAACUCAGGCUACAGCAAAAGGACGCUUUUGCACCUGCACCCCAACAUCAAGGUGAUGCGUCAUCCGGACCACGUCUCGUCCUCCGUCUACCUGUGGGCCCAUCAUGAGAAGAUUGUGGUUAUUGACCAAUCCGUGGCCUUUGUGGGCGGGAUCGACCUGGCGUACGGUCGCUGGGACGACAGAGAGCAUCGGCUGACAGACGUGGGCAGCGUGACCCGCUCUGUGGCCUUUGAGCAGGCUGGCUCCACCAACUCUCCGUCCGAUAAGGGAGUGUCUUCUGUUGAUGGCGUCUCACGGAGCAAUGGAAGAGGGAUGCCACCCACCGACUCUGUGGAGUUACCCAAACUGAAAGGAGUUGGUCGUAGCAGGAUGGCUCGCUUCAGUCUGUACAGACACCUGCAUAAACACGCUCUGCAGCAUACUGACAGUGUCAGCAGUGUGGACAGUGCAGGGAGUACUUCUGGUCAGAGCCUUAAGACUGGCGUUGGGGAGUUACAGGGAAACACCCGUUUCUGGCACGGCAAAGACUACUGCAACUUUGUCUACAAGGACUGGAUCCAGCUGGAGAAACCUUUUGAUGACUUUAUCGACAGAUACACCACUCCCAGGAUGCCUUGGCACGACAUUGCCUCAGUGGUUCAUGGACGAGGAGCCCGGGACGUGGCGAGGCACUUCAUUCAGCGAUGGAAUUUUACCAAGAUCAUGAAACCAAAGUAUCGCUCACUGUCUUAUCCAUUCCUCCUGCCGAAGUCUCACUCCACUGCCAAUGAGUUCAAAUAUCAAGUACCUGGGUGUGUGAACGCUAAAGUGCAGGUUCUGCGGUCAUCAGCAGACUGGUCAGCCGGCAUCAAAUAUCACGAGGAGUCCAUCCAUAAUGCCUACAUCCAGGUUAUCGCCAAAAGCAAGCACUACAUCUACAUAGAGAAUCAGUUCUUCAUCACUUGUGCAGACAAUAAGACGGUCUACAACAAGAUCGGUGACGCCCUCAUUGAAAGGAUCAUCAGAGCCCAUAAGGAAGGGAAGAAGUACCGUGUGUACGUGGUCACGCCUCUGCUUCCUGGCUUUGAAGGAGACAUUACCACCGGGGGAGGAAACGCCAUCCAAGCUGUGAUGCACUUCAACUACAGAACUAUGAACCGAGGAGAAUACUCCAUCAUCACCCAGCUGAAGAAGGAGAUGGAUGAUCAGUGGAUGAACUACAUCUCCUUCGCUAGUCUGCGGACCCACGCGGAGCUGGAGGGACGCCUCGUCACAGAGCUCAUCUACGUCCACAGCAAAAUGCUCAUCGCUGACGACAACACAGUCAUCAUCGGUUCUGCUAACAUCAACGACCGGAGCAUGCUCGGUAAACGUGACAGUGAGGUAGCUGUCAUUUUUGAGGACUCUGAGAGCGUUGCCUCAGUGAUGGACGGACAGGAGUAUGAAGCAGGACCUUUUGCACUUCAGCUGCGUCUCGAAUGUUUCAGGACUAUCCUCGGAGCCCACACAGACACCAGCGUCGACGUGUCCGACCCCAUCAGUGACCGGUUCUACAAGGAGGUGUGGAUGACUAUAUCUGGCCGCAAUGCUACCAUUUAUGAGAAGGUGUUUCGUUGCCUUCCCUCUUCCCUGGUGAGGAAUAUGUCAGAGCUGGAACAGUUCCAAUCCAAGCCCGUUUUGGCCCAGACCGAUGUGGCCCGCGCCCAGGAGGAGCUGCGCAAAAUCCGAGGCUUCCUCGUCCAGUUUCCUCUAGACUUCCUGUCUGAGCAUAACCUGAUGCCUUCUGUUGGAACCAAGGAGGCCAUGGUCCCGACAGAGAUCUGGACUUAAGGGACAUGAACUCACCGCGGUUAACAACUGGCGAGAGACCAGAGUCAGACCUAUUUUUCCCUGUCCUUCAAAGACUUGGCGCCACUGAGAGAUCUCUCAAACCUGUUGCUACAGAAGAACACUAAAACGUAAAACUUAUGAUAUGAAGCUUGAUGUAUGAAGAACAAACAUUCAGCCUUAAGAACUGAAUACUAACUGCAUUCAAACUGAAGAAAACAGUGCAUUUUGGGAAUCAAUUUUAAGUCUAGAUGGUGAGUUUGAACUGAACACAGCCAGAGUUUCAAAGGGACCACAAAGAGGAAGUGAAAACAAUUUAAUGACGCUAACAAGAAUUUUGUUAUUUACUAAGAAAAAAAAUAACCACAUCAGAUAUGGAGAUGCAUGAGUCACCAAGUUCGUAAUGUAAGUAGUUGAUGCUUUGUGCAGAGUUGUUGAGCAGCGUAUGUGCAGCUUUUUACAAAUUCUCAGAGUUUGAAGGCAUGUGAUCUUACGUGGAUCUGAAGUUUUAUUUAUCCAGCAGUGAUGCAUGAGUUAAUCAUCAAACUGUGUUCUUAAAGAAGCCAUACAGUGUGUACAAACUGAACAUUUGGUUUUAACAGUAAACCACUCUUCAGAUAGUGAAUUUUAUUUUAUUUAUUUAAAAAUUUUUAUGAAAAUUGUCUGAACACCUGAACAUUCAAAAACAAGCAAUCAAAAACACUACCUAGUUUGGAUUUUAUUUUUGAAUGAUGAAGGUAAAAAUCAAACAAAAGUGGCUAAAUGAGACAAUCAGGAUGUACUUUUCCUUUUUGCUCAGCAGAUGGUGCAAGCUCCUGGGGGAAAAACAAACAAUAUUUUCCGCAGGGCAUUUUGAUGCCCUGUUGCCAAAGAGCAAAACAUGGUUUAUAUAAAAAAAAAGGUUAUAAUUCAGCCCAUUGAACAGAGAGUAGUCGAUGAGAUUGGUCAUAUUUUCAAGGUUUGACUGAAACAGCAUAAAAUCAGGUUUAAACUAGUGGUGGUGGCCCAGUACCAGCAUUUUUACAAGUACUAGUAUAAAAUACAGCAAAACCAUUACCAGUAUUGAAACUGGGAUACUAGUGUCGAUACUCCAAUAAAUGUGUCACAGUUUACAUUUCAAGUGAAAAAUUUGUUCCAUGUUUAAGAAAUUUAUACAAGUUGAUAGAAAAUCUUUUUUUUAUUUUAAAAUGUCACAACAGUGUACAUCAGGCUGUGUAUUUGGUUUGAUCCAGUCAGAGGGGCUAUAGGCCAUAAAUAAGGAGAGUCAUCUUGUUCUAAAUAAAAUAAAUGUUUUUAAAUUAAUUGUGUAAUGUUUGGGUUCUAACUCAGUAAGUAUUUGCUAUUGCUGAGCUCUCAAACAGAAGUACUUGUACUCAGUUUGAGAAAUACUUGAAUUGGGGCACCCCUAGUUUAAAACCUCCAACUCUCUGGUUAGAGGACAGCUGCUCCAACCACUCUGCCACAGCCGCCCUAUAAUUUAUGAGCAAUAUUUUGCAUUACAUAACAACUCCUUCCUUUACUGUUUCUGACAGUUGCUGUCUGACAGGAAGAAAACAUUUCCUCUAAUGGUCCAAGUUUCAGGACAGCUGUAGGUUUUACUUGGAAUAUUUGUCCCAUCGUGUUUCAACACGAACCUCAUCUAAAUGAGAAGUUUAAACGGUAACUUCCUUACCAUCCGUUAAAUUCUAUUUCAUGUAAGGAUGGUAUAGAAUGUUUCUGUUUGGGCAUCGAUGUCACAAUCACUGGUUCUGAUUUAAAAGAAGCGGGCUGUGGGACGUUUUGUUGAAAAGUAGGUUUUUUUGUUUAAUGGGACCAGAAAAUAUGUGUUGCGAUGAAGCUUGGAAUCAAUGUAAUUUAUGUUUUGGAUAAAUGUUUGAUUUUCUCAGUUGUUUUCUCUCUGUAUUUGUCAAAAAACUUAUUUAUAAAAUAUAAAGCAUUUUCCAUUCUUUAAUCUUCCUUUUUAAUAUCAGUAUAGUUGUAUUAAUUGUGGUUUUGUAAAGGUAAAUUCUGUUUUUUUUUUUUGUUUUUUAUAACCACUAUGCAGAUGUUACUUUUAACUCGAUAAAUUGUUCUUGGUGUCUGUUUUUUGCUAUUAUUUGCACAAUCCAAAGUAUUUUUAAUUUCCAUCUGUUCAUUUUAAAUGGUGUAAUUAAAUGGCUUCAACGUAAAAUUA